CUGAACCUGAAGGCACCACAACACAUCCACACUGUCUGACCUCGGCAAACUCAGCCGCUGCCUGCCCGACGGUAUGGUCGUAUUUUCUGGCGUGUUUGACUUUCACCUCAGUCAAGCGGUGCCGCGGUGGAAACCAGGCCCGACAUGACUGUUUCGGGGCGAGAGAAGAAAGGCCACCAGCAGGGGCGGCUGCUUCUCCAGUUGGAAGUGGCGUGGGCUGCAGCUUGCUACGUCGCGCUGCUCGUUCUGUGCUCGCUGUGCUACAGCAACUCUCUCUACGGGGAGUUAGUGCACGAUGAUGUGUGGGCUAUCGUAAACAAUCCGGAUGUCCGACCGGGCUCCAGUUUGCGGAACAUCUUCAGGAACGAUUUCUGGGGGAAAAGGAUGGCGGACAACACUAGCCACAAGUCCUACCGACCUUUAUGCAUCCUUACCUUCAAGUUGAACAUCCUCCUGGGUGGCAUGACGCCUCUGUAUUUCCAUAUCAUAAAUGUGUGCUUGCACUGUGCCGUUACCUGCCUGCUCAUGUACACAUGUGAACGUUGCGUGUUUGAGAACCCAUGCCUGGCUUUCAUCACAGCACUCCUCUUUGCUGUGCACCCUGUUCACACGGAGGCGGUGUCUGGCAUUGUGGGCAGAGCUGAUGUCUUGGCUUGUCUGCUGUUCCUGCUGACGUUCCACCUCUAUAUUAGGAGUAUUGAUGAAUGGGUCUCCGAAGACUCGUUCCCUUCCACUGUGUCUCCAGGGUCUCUGCUCAUCAGCUUGUUUCUGGGUACCUGUGCAAUGCUGGUCAAGGAAACAGGAAUCACUGUGUUUGGAGUGUGUCUGCUCUAUGAUGCUCUGGUGCUGUGCCGCAAGCCUCUCACACAUCACCUUUUGAGUUCUAGACCCAAGGACUUCCCCCACUUCUGCACUCCCUUCAUUAAACGGGCUUGCCUUAUCUCUGGCUAUGUGGUGAUGAUAAUGUCAGUUCGGCUGUGGCUCAUGGGAGGAUCCAUGCCUCUUUUUUCAGAACAGGACAACCCUGCCUCCUUUUCACCUCAUCUGCUUACCAGGUUUCUUACCUACUCAUACCUGCUGUCCUUUAAUGCCUGGCUGCUGCUGGCUCCCGUUGUGCUGUGCUAUGACUGGCAGGUGGGCAGCAUUCCCCUUGUGGAAUCUCUGGGUGAUGUGCGCAACGCGGCCACCAUACUGCUGGCUGCAGUGAUGAUUGCUCUCUGCUUGCACUGCCUCUUCUCACUAAAGAGGCAGGAGAAAAAGGAGGUGUUGGUAGGAAUUUUUUUUCUUGUAUUUCCCUUCAUUCCUGCCAGUAAUCUUUUCUUCAGAGUGGGAUUUGUUGUGGCUGAGAGAGUUCUCUACAUGCCCAGUAUGGGGUAUUGUAUUCUUGUGGCUGCUGGUCUAGGCCGACUCUUUUCAGUUGCAGGCCGCUGGGGCACCACACUCCUCAGUGUCUUCAUGUUGCUGCUGAUCCUGCUCUUCUCCUGGAAAACCGUCCAACAGAACACCGUCUGGCUCUCCAGGGAAGCCCUCUUUCGCUCUGGUUUGAAGACUCUGCCUCACAAUGCCAAAGUCCACUACAACUAUGCCAACUUUCUGAAAGACAGCGCUCGACAUGAAGAAGCUAUUUACCACUACAACAAAGCCCUCAGGUUAUGCCCCCGUCACGCCAGUGCCAUGAACAAUCUGGGAACUCUGACCCGCAGCCCAGAUGAGGCAGAGCGUUACUACAGGAAAGCCCUGCAGACCAACCCUCAUCAUAACCGGGCUCUUUUUAACCUGGGAAAUCUUCUCAAGUCCCAAGGAAAGGAGAAAGAAGCUGAGACACUGUUGAAAGAAUCCAUCCACUAUGGUCCACAUUUUGCUGAUGCUUACUCCAGUUUGGCAUCUCUAUAUGCUGAGCAGAAACGAUUUGCUGAGGCAAACGAAGUGUAUUUGAAUGGCAUAGAAAACUGUCCAGACAACUCCGACCUACAUAACAACUAUGGUGUUUUCUUGGUAGACACAGGAGAAGGGCAUCUAGCCACUGCUCACUAUCAGGAAGCAAUACGACUUAAGCCAGCACAUUAUGUUGCUAUGGUGAACCUGGGCCGUCUUCUUCGGUCAUCCAAUGAGAACAAGGAAGCUGAGAUGUGGUACAAGAGAGCUCUGAUGGUCACCAGGAAAGUUGACAUCCUGACUCCUCUUGGAGCGCUGUACUACAACACAGGCCGCUAUGAGGAGGCACUCCAUGUGUACAAAGAGGCUGCUACCUUGCAGUCAGACAGUACUGAUAUCUGGCUGGCUUUGGCUCAGGUCCUGGCCAUGGCUGGGCGGAGCUCAGAGGCAGAGAAGAUGACCUUGGACAUCAUCUCCAGAGAGCCCACCUGUAUCGAAUGUUACCGCCUGCUCUCUGCCAUCUACAGCAAGCGUGGCAACUACACAGAGGCUCUAUUGGCUCUGGACCUGGCCCUGCAGCAGAAUCCCAGUGAUCUGACAGUGAGGGCAGAAUUGCAUUUCUCUAAAGGAAACCAGCUGAGAGAGAUGAACCAGCUGGAUGAAGCCUUUGAGAAUUACAAGUUGGCUGUCGAUCUGAAGCCUGACCAGUCUCAGGCCUGGAUGAACAUGGGAGGGAUUCAGCACAUCAAGGGAGACUAUGCAACUGCCAGGAUGUACUAUGAGCGGGCCCUGCAUCUGAAUCCUGGCUCCAAACUUCUCAAGGAAAAUCUGGCAAAGCUGGACCGGCUGGAGAAGAGACUGACAGGUGGAGCAUAAUGUGGCAGACGUGAAAAUUGUCCUGAAUAGAGGUCAGCAGCUUGCUCUGGGAGAGGACAUUUGCCAGGUCAUUUCAUCAGUCCAACCUGUUCACAGACAGAGCAGGAGAGAAGGCUUGCUGGUACAUCUGUGUGCAGCAGAGUGAAAUGGAGAAUAACACAGAAGACCACUAGAAGUUCUGUGACUUCACAAGCUUUGUUUAUUGUGAUUUAAUUUAUUAGUGUCGCCUACUUAGAUGCAGAGUUAUUUUCUAAAUAAGUAUAUUCACCAAUUGUAAUUCAGUCCUCUGCUUUCAGGCAUCAUUCCCAUAUUUAUUAGUUCAAGAAAGUGAAAAGAAUCAGAAAAGGUUCUGACCUGUAGGGAACGUGCCUGAGAGCUUCUCAGAAAUCAAAAGGACAUUCUGAAACAAAGGUUUGUGUGCAAGAGAAUGGUGUUGAUGUCAGUGAUGGACACACGGUGGUCGGAGAUCGUCCCUCAAUUGUUGGGUUCUCGCUCCGUCCACCUCUGUUGUGUUGUCGGGUAAGAUGUCACCCACCUUGCCUGCUGGUGGCGGUCACAGGGCCUGGCUAGUGUUUUGUAGCCUCGCCUCUGUCACAGUGUGGCCCAGGGCAGCUGUGGCUAGUGGCUACUAUCCAGUAACCAGUGUGUAAAUGACUGAAUGUAGUGUAAAAGCGUAAUAGGAUCUUCUGAAAUUGAUAAAGCACUAUACAAGUUCACCUUUGUACAAUAGAAUGAGAGUUGCAUUCUACUGAACUCUCAGAGAAUUCUUUCAGGCUGUAGCUGAAACUUACCACUGAAUGCAUAGUUUGUCUCUCUUCUCACUGGUGGCAAAACUCCACACCACCAAGUCAGAGGAAUGCAGUGCUUACCCAAGCUUUAUUUUAUCCUUAAGUCAUGAAUCAAUCACAAGGGUUGUGUUUGAAUGUGUAAACCAGGGGUGCCCAAUACGUAGACUGCAAUCAACCUGAAUUUAUUUUUUUCACAGACACAUCCUGAUGGAGAACUGGAUGUAGGAAUAAAGUUUCUCAGGUAAUGAGCAAAAAUGUUAAUAUAGCAAAAAAUAUAUAUUUUUAUGUGUAGCUAUGAAUUGAUGCAACUGAAGAAAUUAUUUUCAAAAUUGAUACAAAAGGAUGCCCGCCAGAGCUCAGGGCCAUGACCAUCACAGCCUUGUUGUCCGACUCUUAUAGGGUGAGGCUUACACAGCAGCGGUUUGCUUUAUUUAUGCUGAUUUUUUGUAAAGGACAGAUCAAGAAAACCAUCACUCAUACACUCCAAUAAGAGAUAACUUUUGCCUAUAAAUAAGUCAAUAGAGUUUCAUUUACAAUUUUUACAUGUGGUAGUUCUCAGCUUCCUGAUGAGAGAAAAAGUAACUCUUGGUCUCAAAUCACUUGGGCACCCUUCGUGUAAACAGUCAACUCAAAUAAGACGUUCGUUCAUCUAGCUGCUGUUCUUUAUGACCCAUGAAAUAGGCUUUUAUUUCCUUUUUCUCUAUAAGUUCCACUUAUGUCAUCAGGAUAUGAUUUAGGUUUUUGGUCUACAAUUUACUCAUCUAUUCUGGAUGGACUUUAGCAUAAGGGAAUCAUUUAGAUUAAAUACCAGCUGACAUAAACAAUCAGGUUGCUUGAAUUAAACUAGGAUUCAGAUUUAUGACUUGUUGUCCGCUUUGCUCUUCCAAAGAUGAACCUUUACCAUGAGAGAGCAAAACACCUGACUAAGGGUUCAUUGUCUGUACAAGACUGUGAAUCUGCUCCUGUUGAAUAAACCUUUGAUAUGCCAUGAUCAGUCCCAGAAGUGGACCUUCAGAUUUAGUAAUUUUUUUGUCACAAAAGAGAAGGGAUUGCAAUCUGUUGCACCUCUCAAGUGCUGAGUAUCAAUCAGUAGAACAAAGGCUACAAGGGUAAAAUUUUCUUUUUGUAGCUCAGAAAGUGAAAUGCCACAGAUAAAUGCUACAUCCCUUGGAGAGGAGCUGACUUUGAGCCUAUGGUCCCAGAUCAUCUGCAGCUUUAAUAAGGAGCUGUGUUUUUUUUCCAGUUCAUCUUGUGGCUUUGUACUUUAAAACCUCAGUAGUUUGCUGUUUGAAUGCUUGUUAUUUUUGUGAACACUGAUUUGAAUGUGAUUGAAUGUUGUGAUGUGAUUGUGAGAUGUAAAGGAAGUGACCAGGACAAUGAUGUAAUUGCUCCAAAAAAAUAAAAAUAAAGUAUAUCUUUUACUACA